AUGGGACAGACGCACUCCUCGAACAGCCACGAGGGAGCAGGCUCGGACGUAAACCAACCAGAGGAGAAGAAGGUAGAUUAUUACGAGCUGCUCCAGGUCGAACGAAAUGCAUCUGGCGAGGAACGGGCUCUCGAGUUACACCCGGAUAGAAAUUAUGGCAACGUGGAGGCUGCUACCAGGCUGUUCGCCGAAAUUCAAACUGCAUACGAAGUUCUUUCAGACGCCCAGGAGCGUGCGUGGUAUGAUUCGCACCGUGAUGUCUUCCUAGGAAACGAUGGCAAGCCAGAAGGGGCCGAUUAUUCAUACGAUACGCGGAUGACAACCUCCGACGAAAUCCUAAAAUUGUUCUCAAAAUUCAGUCCUCGGAUGGAAUUUACAGACGCACCAACCGGAUUCUACGGUGCCUUGCGUGAAACAUUUGCACAACUUGCCCUGGAGGAGACAAUGGCCUGCCGCUGGGAGAAUGUCGCGUGCGUAAAGUAUCCUACAUUUGGAAACUGCAAUGCCGACCCCGAAGAGGUCGUACGUCCGUUCUAUGCUGCCUGGGGCAGUUUUGCCACGAAAAAGUCCUUCGCCUGGAAAAAUGUGUACCGUUACUCCGAGGCACCAGACCGUCGUGUUCGCAGGCUGAUGGAGAAGGAAAACAAACGUCUUCGGGAAGACGCCAUUCGGGAAUUCAACGAGGCUGUUAGGUCGCUUGUAGCUUUUGUGAAGAAGCGCGAUCCCCGGUACAAGUCUAACACACAGAGUGAAUCACAACGGCAGGAAUUUCUUCGUCAAUCAGCAGCUGCACAAGCAACUAGAUCACGAGCAGCAAAUCAAGCGAAACUGCGUGAUCAUGUGAUGCAAGAUUGGGCAAAAGCGGAGACUUUAGGUGAUGAAUCUAGCGAUACAAGCGAGGACGAAGUUGAGUACUUCGAGUGUGUUGUGUGCCACAAAACCUUCAAAAGUCAUAAUCAGUUCGAGGUCCACGAACGCAGCAAGAAGCAUAUAAAAGCUGUGAAGCAGCUACGCUGGGAGAUGAGAGCACAGAAUGAAGAGCUGGGCCUGAAAGGAAAUGUCUCUGACCCCGAAGAGCCCCAUUGGGAGAAUUCUGCGUAUAGCAUUCCACAGGAUGGCCCAGUGCACAAUAUGGAGUCAUCAGUUCAACAACCACGGGAUGGCGAGACAAGAAAUGGUAUCGGAACAGACAAAUAUACCUCUUCUGAUACUAGAGUUGAUACUAAACCUGACGAGGGUUCGUUGCCGCACACAGAUUGCCAUAGGGACUCUAUACCUGAUCUCAGCGAGGCCGAUUAUGUGCCUAGGGAGUGUGUUGAACGGCGAUUAGGUUCCCAACCCACGUUAAUCCAACGAACGGGAGAAAUGGAGUCACCAGACAAUCUGUCUCAACGGUUUUCAGCAACUGAAAUAGAGGAUUCGCAAACAUCUCCACCGAAAGUGGGAAAGGCUAAGCAAAAACGUGCAAAAAAAGCCCAGCGUGCAAUGAACCAGCUCCAGCAUAUCAAAUGCGCCACUUGCUACGCUAUCUUUCCCUCAAGGUCUCAAUUGUUUAUUCAUAUCCACGAGUUUGAUCACGCUCAACCCUCAAACAUGGGCGACGUGCAAAGGAGGGGGCAAUAA